AUGACCCUCACUGAUACUUGGUUGCCACAAAUCAGUGGAGUAUUCAAUGGAGCUCGUGUCUCACUAGUAAAAAAGCCACUUGCUAAGGGGAGGAUAGUAAGAGGAAAAGAGUAUCCGAUAGCAUUUGACUUAGUGGUCGAAGGAAGCAGUAGUUACCAGGAAGCUGUUAAUGACUUCUUUGAGGAGCUGUCGCAAAAAGGGGUUUUACUGGACCUUGUGAAAGAUCACGGACUUGUCAUCAUUCAAAACUUGAAAUCCACCAACCCCGAGCAUUAUUCACAAAUUGUCAAUCGCUUUUUCCAUUCAUCGAAUUACCAGGAGUUUGAUCAAGUGGGUUUGCUGGCAACAAGACAAAAGAUUGACAAUGCAGUCAGCUCCGUCGGAAACGAUGAUGAGCUGGGCAAAAAUGUUAACAAGUUACAUGCACAUCAGGAGUUUUCCAGAUAUUUAGAGUACCCACACAUUCUCACAUUUUUUGCUCAACAAGCUUCAGUUCUGGGCGGUGGUGAAUCAACGACAACACAUGCUACUGAAUUGUUUGAUGUAGUAAACUCAAAAUAUCCAGAAUUUAUCAAGGAUCUCUAUGAAAAAAAUGGUAACCAUGUUUAUCAAAAGUUCAGCUACGAAGUUUCUACAGACUCAAAAUUCAAAAUUUCUUGGACAGACAAAGGAGCGUUUGGCAGAUACAUUACCGAUGAAGACUUGAAGACCAAAAAUUUGGAGUCCAUGAAAGUCAAGGCUAUCAAGCUCGCACAUGAAAAAGUGAGUAAAAACGUUGAGUUUGAUGAUAAUCAUGACUUAAUUGUACACCAGCAAACAAGCAUUGUGAAUAUACAUCCUCACACUGGGCUUCCUAUUAUUUUCAGCAGUUUACCGACCUACUACUCUGGCUAUUAUCAAGCCAAACUCAGGGGAGAAAAGGCUACCUUGCCACCUCUUAGGUACGGAAAUGGCGACCCAAUUCCUGAGAAUUAUCUAGAUUAUCUUUUUGAGCAAUCAGUGAAGUUGGAGUAUUCGCAUCGUUUUGAAGACGGUGAUUUAUUGUUCCUAGACAACUUUGCUGUUUAUCAUGGACGGAACCCUUAUACUGCAGGAGAUCGUAAAAUCUUGGCAAGUUUCUGGGAACCAAGCACUGACCGCAGAAAGCCAUAUAGACCAUCGGACUUUACUGAACUUUUUGCAUAG